AUGGCAGCACCUGGCGGCAAGUUCUUCAUUCAGCAUGCCUUGAGCACACCCGCUAAGCACCAUGAAAGCUUCGAAGCAUUGUGGAAGACCAAGUGGGAGCAGCCCAGCAAGCUCGGCCUGUAUCCUUUCAUGUUUAAUGCACACGAAGAUUUCGUGCCUAUUGCAGAAAGACUGAUCGAAGAGGGACACAGAGAGCCGUAUGACUGGGACAAGUAUGCCGAAGCGUUUGUACCCAAGGCUGAAGAACUGCUCGCAGAGGCCGACAAGGCGGAGAAGGCAGGUGACAAGGCAAAGGCUUCUGAGUACUAUAUGCGAGCAAGUGCCGUCUACCGCAUCUCGCGCUUUCCAGCCCCUCGAUCAGAGAAGCAGCGGCAUGCUUGGUUAGAAGGGAAGAAAGCUGCUCAGAAAGGCCUCCUUUUGCGAGAUAGACCUACGAACGAAGUCCUCAUCCCACACAAGCAUGGUCUUCCACAUGAAGGAAAGGAGAUUCCAGUGUACUACCACUUGCCGCCAGGCACUUCGGCAGAUAAUUCUGUUCCGCUUGUGAUAAUUCUGACCGGACUUGAUGGGUACCGGACUGAGCUCGCAGUCUGGAUCGAAGGGUGGUCGCAGAAAGGUGUUGCUGUAAUGAUUCUGGAGAUUCCGGGUACAGGAGACUCUCCCGCCGAUCCUAGUGAUCCCACCAGUCCUGACCGCGCAUUCUCUUCCCUAUUUGACUGGAUCGAUGCUCAAGCCGAGAUUGACCAGACUCGGAAGGCUUUGUGGGCUUUCAGCACUGGUGGAUUCUAUGCCCUCCGAGUAGCCUAUACUCAUCCAAACAGGCUUACUGGAGUUGUGUCACUCGGUGGGGGCUGCCACUAUAUGUUCGACAAGGAGUGGUUGUCGUGCGUCAAUCAUCUGGAGUAUCCAUUUGACCUUGCCACAACCUUGGCAUACAAGUUUGGUUAUGGAGAUGACUUGGAGAAAUUCAAGAAAGAGGCGAUGAAGUUCAGUCUGCUGGAGGAUGGCACUCUGGACAAGCCAGUGUGUACUAAGCUGUUGCUUGUGAAUGGUGUGAAUGAUGAGAUUUUCCCAAUCGAUGAUUACUACCUUGCGCUACAGCAUGGCCCGCCGAAAGAGGUCCGCUUCGUUGCAGACAGAAAGCACAUGGGCGAGCCAGAGUCAUUCUUUAUCAUUUUGAAAUGGAUCUAUGAUCUUCUUGGCCUUCAAGGUAAUCCAGCUGAUCAAAUGAAGACGAUUCCAUCAAAGUACGGCAGAUAG